UAAAAAAAUUCUAUUUCUAAUUUAAUAAUUUAAAAAAAAUCAAAAACGUCGGCUUUACUAUUAUUAAAAAUAAUGGUAAGAUACUGAAGAAUUGCAUAAUAAAUCUCCAGAAAAUCAACCUCCAAAAAUUGCCAAGUCGGCUUUGUCUCGUUACACUAAAUCAGUCUUCAAAACUCAGGAUAAAUGCAUCAGUACAAGCGUCGACCUCCUCGAGGCUGGUCUCGAGUGUCAUCUAGGUGACACUAGAGUAAACCGUGAUGCUAAACCCACCAGCAAAGCUCCGGAGUUGCUGCUCUUUGCAAGCGACCUUCGGGCCGCCUGAGCAAAGAAAAACCAGGAGGUUAAACGGAGUACAACUACCAUUACACCCUCAACAAGUGGCCGGGUGGUUAGUCCUAGUGCUCCUGAGUUCAUUCACUGGGUUCCUGGUGGUGCCUCAGCUGGCUCCUGAGCUCCGCGAGCCCAUAACCUGUUUACUAGCUUUGAUCCUGACGAUCCACAUCUUGGCUCACUUAACAGCUCUGCUGCUAGACCCAGCUCACCCAAAAGUCCGUCGUCAGCCGACUAAUCUAGUAGUCCCGGAGUUUGACCGGACGAAGCACCUCCAUGUCAUCGAGAACGGGCGCUGCCACUUGUGCAACAUCACUACGAGCUGCAAGAGAACCAAGCACUGCUCGGUGUGCAACAAGUGCGUCAGGAACUUCGAUCACCACUGCAUGUGGUUGAACAAUUGCAUCGGAGGAAGGAACUACGCUGCGUUCAUCGUCUGCGUGGUCUCGGCAAUCCUCUUGGCACUGACCGUAGCCGGGCUGACCACCUUGGAAGUCACCGCGACCUUCUACUGGGACAAGACCUCUAAUUUAGACAGCAUGGACAACAUCACGCUGCCUUUCCUGCCGAUCCAAGGGACCAGUUCUCUAGUUGUGAUCUCAGUCGUCGGAAUCUUAUCAGCAAUUGCCGCUGCGCUGCUGAUCCACCUCUGCUUCUUCCACGGGUACAUCGCCUGUUUAGGAGUCACCACCUACGAGUACGUCAGGAGCAAGCGGGAGAAGAAAGCUACUGAAAACGCGCUCCAGGAAAACCAACAGAGCUCUGCUUCGCAAGUUCCUAAUGGAUUCUGCACGGAAAUCAACCAGUAUCACUUCUGCAAGUCGGUUCCUGAAGGCACCCAGCCUGACUCCAAUCAAGUCUUUAUUUGCUCAACUCACACUCAAUCAAACUCUGCUAUCAACAAGGAAAAACGCAAUUUUCAUUUAUAUUUUUCCUAUGAGACUCACAGUGACGCUACUUCUAUUGAACUGUCCUCAAGGUCUGAAGAACAAGUUAGAAGCCCGGGACUUGGGGUUGAAAGGUCCAUUGAGCUGAAGCCGUCGACACCCUCGCCGGUUUCUUGUUGCUUCUCUAUCAUGAAUCACACCUGGUCUGAUAGGAGGAACAAGAAGAAAAAGGAUGCUGAAGAGAAACCUAUGACCAGGUGCACUACUGUCAGAAGGAUUCAGUCCUUUUUGAGGACCAGGUGGAGGAAGAAUCCUAGGUCUAGAGCUUUGGAGAAUUCGAGGAGGAAAAAUCGGGUUACGCCUGUUAAUACUCCUGAUUCUGAUAAGGAACUUCAGGUCCAAACAAUCGCAGUACCUCCACCAAAAGACCCCGAAGUGGUGCAAAGGCCAAUAAAACUUCCGCCGCUUAAUCUUCCGUCCAGACGAAAUGGAUCCAUAGAGGGCUUAGACUCUCUCGCAGCCUCCAGCGGAGUUAUCUUCGCACUACCUGCUGUAAAGAGAAGCCGAGUUCGCCGUCCGUCGCUCCACCGGCGGCCGAGGUUCAAAAUGAGCCCCCACGUUACGCAAUCCGCCCAAUUGUCCCCGAUUCCAGAGUCGGAAUUGUCUAAGCCUGCCUCUCCGCGCUCGCCGCAGCUCAAGCAUUUUUCAUUUCCGCCUUCGACUACUUCAACUGAUUAAUACUUAAAAAUUUGA